AUGCUAUCUGAAGUACUUUGGCCAUUCAGGACAUCACAACGGACUAGCACGGCCACUAAGCCCUUCGCCUUGACGUACGGCCAUGACGCAGUGUUGCCAGUGGAGAUUAGUGUGAAAUCAGCACGGGUAGCAUACCAACAAGGGCUUACGCCAACGGUGUCCAGGCUCGAUGACUUGGAUGAGGACCAAUUGGCCGCACUGGAUAGGAUGCAAGUUCAGAAGAAGAAGGUUGCGGCGACCUAUAACAAGAGGAUCAACCCAAAACACUUCCAGGAAGGGGACAUCGUCCUAAAGGCCAUGCUCCUAGUUGGGGCAAGGGACCCCAGGUUGGGCAAAUGGUCCCCAACAUGGGAGGGACCAUAUACGGUCUACCAGGUGCUCCGAGGCGGGGCCUACAGGCUAUGCUAUCUAGAGGGAAGUGUCCAGAUGCGGCCUAUCAACGACAAGUUCCUUAAGAUUUUUCAUCUCACGAUCUGGGAUCUGGAAUGA